GUUUAUGCGUACCCUGUAAUUGCCUGCCUCUCUGGGAUAAGCCCCUGCUGUACUGCAAACCUGUACUAGAGAAGUUUGUAUGCAUUGGUGGAUUUAUGGGGAAGGAAGGAACCGGUGCAUUGCCCUGCUGGGAGACCAUGUGGAAAAGUGAUUUUUAUGUUCAUAUGAUAAUUGUUAUGUUCAUUUGCUCUCAGUUACCAGUAUUAAAGGUCUCCACCAUGGUUUGCUGUGCGGCAUGGGGAUGCUCCAAUCGCUCAGAGAAAGGAGUAAAGAUGUACGGUUUCCCCAGUGACACGAAGAGGAGAAAAAAAUGGUUGGCUCAAGUCAGCAGGAGAAAUUUCACUAUAACUAAUGAUUACAACAACAAAAAACUAUGUCAGGAACAUUUUCAUGCAGACCAGUUUGUGAAGACCAGAAAGGGCAAGACUAGACUGAGAGCAGAUGCUAUUCCCACCAUCUUUGUGCAUCGCCGUGUGGUCAAGAAGAGGGCCCCUAUACCACAAUGCACCUCUCUACUUGUAAAUUUAAAGCACAUAGCUGUUGAGCACAGCUAUAGUGUCAAAGGUAGCACAGCAUACCUGAGCAACAGCAGCACUGAUGCUUCAUCACCUACCAAUCCUGCAGCAUCACUGUUCCUCCACCCCGCAACACCCAGUGCUCCUACAGUGCUCCAGCUUCCCUUGGAUGCCGUGAAUCCAAAAUUAACUGAGCUGCAUCAUAACGCAGAAAGGCUGCCGAAAACUGAAGAAAAUGAAUGGAUUGCUGUAAUCCACGGAGACACCUGGAAUCCAGGCUCCGAAUUGUGGAUUUCCAGUUGUCAUUCCAUGUCAAGUAUGUUGGAUUUUUGGGAAAAAAGAGAGAUGAUCCCCUACACCCUGACUUUGUGCCAAGUCUUUUCAGUUUCACCUCCACGACUGAUCAAACUUGGGCUGUCAACAACCUGGAAAGACGUGUACAAUCUCAAGAAGUUCCUGAGAAAAAACAUGCCAGCGCAUGUAAAGAGCUAG